CCGGAAGCCGGAGGAACGCGGAGAAGCCGGAACUCGGAGGGAGACAGACUUCGGAGGGAGCCGGAGGAUGUUACCGACGACGGCGGCGGCGGCGGCGGCGGCCCCCCGAGGGCCGGGAGACGGGGCCUUCGCCGCCAGGGACGCGGCCCGGCACACGGCGGGAGCCAAGCGCUCCAAGUACCUGAGGCGGCUCCUCCGCUUCCGCCAGAUGGACUUCGAGUUCGCCGCCUGGCAGAUGCUCUACCUCUUCACCUCCCCGCAGAGGGUCUACAGGAACUUCCACUACCGGAAGCAGACCAAGGACCAGUGGGCCAGAGACGAUCCCGCCUUCCUGGUGCUGCUCAGCGUCUGGCUCUGCGUGUCCACCGUGGGAUUUGGCUUUGUCCUGGACAUGGGAUGCUGGGAGACGAUGAAGCUGCUCCUCUGGGUCGUGUUCAUCGACUGCAUCGGCGUCGGCCUGCUGAUCUCAACCCUCAUGUGGUGGGUGGCCAAUAAGUACCUGGUGAAGCAGCCGAGCAGGGCCAACGAGGUGGAGUGGGGCUACGCCUUCGACGUCCACCUGAACGCCUUCUACCCCCUGCUCGUCAUCCUGCACUUCAUCCAGCUCUUCUUCAUCAACCAUGUCAUCGUGACGGACUCGCUCCUCGGCUGCUUGGUGGGGAACUCCCUGUGGCUGGUCGCCGUCGGCUACUACGUCUACGUCACCUUCCUGGGGUACAGCGCUCUGCCCUGCUUGAAAAACACGGUGGUGCUCCUGUACCCGUACGCGGCCCUGGCGCUGCUCUACGGCCUGUCGCUCCUGCUGCGCUGGAAUUUCACCCGCGCGCUGUGCUCCUUCUACAAGUAUCGCGUCCAAUAAAGUCCCCCUCCGGCCCGUCGCCACGGUACUGUGCGAAACGAUGGGGUCCGGGGAGGUUGGGUUGGGUUCCCUCCCUCCCCUCCGGCCGUGAAAAGACUGUAUAUAAACCACGUCCCGUCGCAGACGUCGCCUCGGUGAAGAGUAUUCCCGGCGGGACGUUCCCCGGAUCCCCGGAACACCUGUACAUUUCCCUAUUAAACGUUUUUUUUAAAACAUC